AUGACGUCUGCGGAGACAGCGGCAGCGGCGGGCGAAGCAGCGAUCCAAGAGGACGACGACGACGAUGACGGCGGCGGCGGCGACAGCCUGGGCAGGUCGGCCUCGUCCUUGUCCCUGCCGGAGUCGGCGCGGCCGGGGUGGGAACAGCGGCGGAGAUCGUGUCGGAGAAGCAGCAGCAGGCUGGACAGUAGUGGUCUCGAUGGCGGCCUCGCCGGCAGCGACAAGGAGAGGGGAGAUAACGCCGCCGGCGCCCUCGACGACGACGACGACGACGAUCACAGCCGCGGCGGCCGUGAGAACCACCACCACACCUUUCCGGACCUGUUCGGGGCCUGCCGCCCCAGCCACCACGAACGCCACCGCCGCCGCGAGAGGUCGCUCUCAUCCCCGCCGUCUUCGCCGUCGGCGACGCUGGAGCCGACCAGGCCGUCCUCCGUCGGCCGAAACCGCAACCGCGGCCGUGACAGACAGCCCCCUCCCCCCCCGCGCCGCCGCCUGUCGCUCGAGGUUCCUCGCACCGCCGCCGACCGUUGGGUCGACGAAGGUGGCAACUACGGAGCCGGGGAGGAGCAGCAAAGAGUCGCGGGGGCAGGCGGGGCCGCGAGGCAGAUCGGCUGUACAUCGGACGACGGGGGCGCCGGCGGGCACGGGGCGGGCUCGCGCGGGAGCCGCCGGCGCUUGCGGAGGCUCACCGGCAACAACAACAACAACAACAACAGCAACAACAACAACAAGCCCUCGUCCUUGCCCCAAGCCGGGGCGUCUGCCGCCGCAGGAGCGGCCGGGGGGAUGGAGACGGGGGAGGAGCACGCGGAGGAGAAGGAGGGGGAGGGUAGGAAGGGAGCGAAAGCUUCGGUGGCGGCGGCGGCGGUCGUGGCGGCGACGGCGUCGGCGACGGAGCUCUCGGGGAGCGGGCGCGAUGUGGGCGGGAGCGGCGGGGGGAGGAGCAGCAGCAGGCGGUGGAGGUCCAUCGACAAGCUGUCGCGGGCGCUCGGCUCCACCCGCCGGCGAACAUCGCGGCAGGGCGGGGCCGCCAGGGGAGAGGGGGGAGAAGGGAGUGAGCAGAAGAUGAACUUUUUCACCGAGAAGGACCUCGACGAGCUGCUGCACAGCACGUUCUUCAUCAAGAUGUGCGACGACGCGUCUUGGCUGUACGUGGAGGACCACCCCUUCCAGCCGGAGCUGAACUGGCUGCUUUCGUUGUGGGGGGGUUACAAGAUCGCUCCGAGGUUCCAGGGGGAGGUGAAGCAGAACGAGGCCCACAGGAUGCUCUUUCAGGCCGAGAACGGGCGGCAUCGAGGCCACGUCCGCAUCCGGUCAAGAGCGACCAACACCUUUCUCUUCUUCCUCGGCAUCAAGCAGCCUCUCACAUGGGUGCAAUCCCUAGACCCGGCCAUGCGCGUGUGA